GUCUGGACCUCGGGCAGCUAGAGCCUCCGCCGAGCAGCUAGCCUCUUGGAAAGAGUUCGCCACUGCCACCGGAGCCGCUGAGGCCAGCUUGGCGGCGCUGCCCGCGCAGGAGUGGGAGGCUGAAGGCGAGUGGAGCCGGAGAGCACCCACGGCUGGCCAGCCUGCGGUGCGGCCCAGGAGCCCGGCAACCUCAGCGCCCACCCGCCGGCACCAGCCGCAGCUCGCGCCUUUCUUGGCCUGCGGGCGCUGGGCCUCUCCGCCUCCCUGUCCCCUGGCCAGGGCCGCGGUGUGGUGGCUGGAGGAGCAGCAUGAAUCUGCGGUUCUGCGUGCUAGCGCUCCUGCUGUUGUGGCUCUCCCUGACCGCGGUGUGUGGAGGGCCCCUGCUGCAGCCUUCUGCUGGGAAGGGGCUGGAGGAAGGCAAUAUCCGCCACUUGGUGCAGCCUAGAGGGUCGAGGAAUGGACCAGGACCCUGGCAGGGAGGUCGGAGGAAAUUCCGCCGCCAGCGGCCGCGCCUCUCCCAUAAGGGCCCCAUGCCUUUCUGAAGCAGGACUGAAGGGGCCCUCGAGUACCCACCCCCUGCACUUCUCUCUACUCCAUAGAUUGGUCUGCUUUUCUGGAGCCCUCACAUCCAUUCGCCUCUCAUCUUGCACCCGUCCUAGCUGCUGAUGGUCCCGGCUCUUCUCACCCACCAACCUUCCUGAAUGGUGUGGUCCUGCCUCUAGUCCAUGAUUCCCUUUCUCUCCCAAGGACCCAUUCAGCCCCUCUUCCUGGCCCUUACCCCGACUGACUUUGGAGACCCAGCAUUGGAAGGCUGUCCUUCUCCCCUGUUCUAGUCUCCACCUCUCCCACCUAGUACCCCAACCCUUCAUCCAGCCCUGCCUUCCUCAGGUUUGCCCUGGGGGUUGUGUGGAAACACUCCUUUCUUCAGCGAGCCCCAGCAGAUCCCAGCUUUUUGUGCCAGUCUGACCCUUCAGCCAGCCUCCAGAGUGAGUAGAGAGAUGCACAAUGAGAGACUCUGGUUAGAGGCCAGGGGCAUUGGGAUGCAGACAGGGUGCCUUGGGGGGCAUUGGAGUGGGAAGCUGGUGCUCUGGUGAAAGGAAGGGGUGAAGCAUUGGAGAAGAGGAAGAACAGCUCUGUGGCCUCUUCCUCAUCCCAAUGUUUGGCCUGGUUAAGGGAGAGGUGAAGGAGAGGGGCCAUGAAGUACUUUGUCACUUAUCUCGCCUUAACUAUGUCUUCUAAAACUCCCCUCAACUCACUUUCCGCCCCAACUUACUCUGCCUCCUUUCCUGCUAUUUCAAGCUCUAGGUCAGGAGGGGAGGGUGCUGGGCCUAAGGUGGCUCUAUACCCUCCUGGGAGCAAAAGCCAAGCAGAUGGAGUUUUUGCCAAGAAUUACAGACUAUCAGAGCCAAAAGGAACCUGGGGGAUCACUUAGUUCCACCUCCUUAUGCAAACUCCUGCAAAAACAGAGGCUUAGAGAGGGACAGUGACUUGCUUAGGGUCUCUGCAGAGCCUGAAUGAGGACUCAGUUCUCCCAGCUCCCAUUUGAUGAUGUCCUCUUCCCUCUUGAUGUCUUUUUAAAACACAUUAAGUGCCUUUUCUCAGGUUUGGGGCUGGGAGGCAACUGGGAGGGGAGAGGCAAGCUGGCUGUGAACUGCCCCAUGGUGGGGGUGGCAUGGGGAGAGAGCUGCUCCCACCUCCGUGGCCUACCCCUGCUGGUCCAUUCCCUAACCUGGGCUGAAAAGUUCCUCAAUGGACCUGCUGACCCCAUUUCUUCAGCACUCUCAGACCCCUGGUAUUUUCUUAGGGGCAGCUAGGCACCAAGACUACCAUUCCAACCUCAACAAUGUUUUUCAGGAGCCGAGAGGUGGCCUUAAAUAAUUAGACUCAAUAGUCUUCUCUUAAUGUUGACUGGAUCUUCUUUGCCAGUGGCCUUCCCUUGGGGGAAGAGGAGGAGAGAGAAGAAGGAACAGAGGAAGGAACAGAGGGGAGGAAGGAAGGAAAGAUGGGGGGAAGUACAGGUCUGAGCAGGCUUCCUUCUCAGAGGCCUCUCAGGAGGGAGAAAAAGGGAGACAAGAGUCUGAUGGUCACCUAAGUAUGUGUGGGGGUAGGGGGAGUUAGGGUCCUCCCAUUCUCACAAUAACUCCGAUGUUGCCUGCCCACCUCUCCUCCUUGCCUCCGCUGCUGCUAAUGCUACUGCCCUGCUGCUGCUGCUGCUUCAAGACCCACCCUGGGGAGCCAGGCUGGGUACCCGCCUCCCCCCACACCCUUCAGGCUCAGAGUGGGGGCUGACUAGAGUCCAGAAAACCUCUUCUGCCACUAAUGCCCCCACCAGGUGCUGGGCCUUCUUCUCCCUCCUCCUCUCUGCAUCUCCUGCCUCAUCAGCUGCCCAGCCCCACGGGGAAGAGGGGAAAGGGGGCCAGCACAGGGCAGCUGAGGGCAGUUGGGGGGCUGGGGAGCUGUCUUAUUUAAAGUGGGUGUGUAUGAUUCUUAUACUAAUUUAUGUAAAGAUAUUAAGGCCCUUUUCAUUAAGAAAUUGUCCCUUUCCCAUAAUUGUGUUCACUGUGUUUGUAAAGAUUAUUCUGUGUAAAUAUGUCUUUAUAAUAAAGAGUUAAAGCUGAGAAUUUGCCCUUACUCUUGGAGGUCAUGUUCAGGAGGGGCAUUCCUAUCCCCCGAGGUCUAUGGUUGUCUCCAUGUCCACAUAUUGCACGUGUAGGGCAGUAAGCCUGCAUCCCAAAUCAGUUCCAGGUCAGAUUGCCACAAGCCAAUUUGCCACAAAUUCAAAAAGGAAUCUCUAUACUUACUGGUUCAGAUAAAAUUCAGUCUACUUUUAAGUGUUUUGGCAUCUGUUUGGAUGCCCUGAUUUCUUUUUUUCUUUUUUUUGCAGUGUCAUUUAAAGGACUUUUAGAAAGCAAUUUAUUUAAGAACAUUCUGUUAAAGGUGGGGAUAGCUCCUAAAAAUUGUUUUGUAUUCUUGGUGGGUGUCUCCUAAUUUUAUCUACAUUUGAACACUUUCAGGACUUUUAAGCCAGUUUGCCUUUCUUGAAAAAUGUUAUGUUUCCUG